AAAAUGGCGGAGAAAUCGGGAGCUUUCUAGAUGAUCGGUCAUUUGGAAUGGCGCACACAGAUGACCAAUGGGUCAGGCUGUUUAAUGUAUCGGAUCCGCGUAGAGCUUAUGCCGGCCAUACAUUGUAUAAAGUUACUUCCAAGGUAACGAAAAUCGUAUAAAUUUUAAUUUUGUAAUUGCAUGGGUGUCUCAAGCAAGGGAUCAACUGUCCACCAAUUUGAGUUUCAUUCUAUACUUGUGUAUUUGACAAGUUAAUGAAAUUUUUGUCUUUCCUGAUGGCAUUCCCUGGUAGAAAUACCCUUUGAUUUCUUCCAUUUAACCUACUUUUAACUACGUUAGCUUAAACCCAGUCUUCAAAAAACAAUCUUAUUUGACGUUUUUUAUUACGUUCGUGUCGCAGGUGUUUCAAAGAGAAUUUCCUGAGGGAGCGACUGAGGUAUGUUUUUAUUAUUUGCCAAUUUUAUCUCUCCAAUUUUUUCAUCCUGCUUGGAAAAUCAAUGAUCAAAAAUGGAAAAAAAACGUGCUUGAAUCUAUUUAUUCUGCAAAAAUAAUGCAUGCGCAAUGAAACAAAUGUUUUGCAAUUAAGCCACUAACUGUGAGGUCUCUCGCAGUAGGAAAUUUCAAACGUCAUUUAGUAAAAUACAUAAAAACAGGUACGGCCUGCAACCUUCUUUAAGAUGGAUACCUUUUGGUCAGCAGCUCAGUUGGGGUGAGGACAAAACAUGGACCCGGAGUCCAUGGACAGGGUGCAAAGAAAAUCAUUUUCCAUUUCGGUAAGCUGAAGCUAGCAUUUACAAGCCCAGGCAUCAUUUCAACUAGCCCCAAAAGCUUUUUGACGAGCAGAAUUGACUUCACAGUUCUUUUGUGAUUCAAAUUGCUCAAAAAACAUCACUUGCCCGUUGGGCAAGUUAAAAACAGAAUUCACCAGCCCGAUAGCAAAAUCCACUAGCCCUGGGCUAUUGGACAUUACUUUCUUUGCACGUUGAUGGAUCCCCCAUUUCGUUGGACUGAGCCCAUGGACCCCCUGUAAUGGACUAGGUUCAUGCCCCCCUAAAAGAAAAUUAAAGAAGGAGAAAUGAAUAAUAAACAUGAUGCAAAUAAACAGCGUCCAUAGUUUUAGUGACAACUCCGUGUCAAGGUAUUGGUUGGCCAGUCAUUUCGACAAGUGGAUGGCUUUCAAAUAAAUAACUAGAAUAAUAAUGCAUCAGUCAAUUCCAGCUCCAACCAUCCAUGAAUUCAAAUUUCCACCUUAAAACCGAAAUCUGUUUUCAGAAAUGUUAGUCUGAUAAUCGCUUAGUGCAUGAAACUCUGAGUUACAGCUGUACAACUCUAUUAACUUCCAUCCUUUGAAUUUGUAUUUGUGUUACCUUUAUUAUUUAUGAUUAUGAUAGUUUUAAUUUUUUUUUGUCUCCUAUAACUCUAAUGAUAUACUUUAUGAAUAAUUUCAUCAAUUUCCUUUGUCCCCAUCCUUAUAGAUCCAAGGGCAGUCAGUGGGGUGGGGAGAAACAGCACAACAAAAUGUUUCCACACAAACAUUUUUAUAGCAUCAUUCAUCCCACCCUGACCGACUGUCCUGAGAAUACUUUAUCUCUUAACUCUAUAUAAUUUGUCCAUGAUAUGAAUAAUGCCAUUAGUUUGAUCUAUCUCCUAACCAGCUUAAUUAUUCAUGAUUAGGCAGGGGUUUUAAUAAGCACCGACAACCACAAAAAGUGUUGGCUACACUGCUCAGAAAAGUCGGCUACUUUUUUCCCCAAAGAAGGAGCAACAAGUUUUAACAACAUCGUAUACGAAUAAUAUAUCAUUAUAACAAGAGAUCAUGUGAUCUCUUGUCAUAAAACCUGAUGAAAAUGUCGUUAUAUGUUUUCACAGGCCUAUUAUGUGAACGCUGUAGAUCAGUCAAUUUUUCACAUGCACGUUUCAUUACAGCUUUACGCAGAAUUUGUUCGUGUGCAAGUGAACGUUAUGUGAUGAUUUUCUUUAAUUUUGUUCAUUACUUGUAGGAGUUGAUUCAGUGGCUGAUAAACUGAAACUUAAAUUAACAUUACAUUUUGUUGAGUGUACUCAAAUGUUCUCAAUUUAGUCCGCAGAAUGCUCGAAAUGGCAAUUUAGGGCUUUUCAAUUUCAAAAUUUUCUGGGAGACCCCCAUAAACAAAGGGACUAACACUGGGUCUCUUGAUACAGUCAGUUACUCUAUUCAAACCUGCUGGCUACUUCAAUUAUUGUUAUUGAAACCCCUGAUUAGGAAUAUUUUGUUAGGGUAAUGUUAGGAGACAAAGGAGAUAAAGAAUCAAACUUGAUUGAAACCAUCUGAACUGUAAUGUUUGCAUGCUGAAUUUAUUCCAGAUAGCAGUAUGGCGACGAUUUACUGACUUCAAGAAAUUGCACCAAGAACUACUGAAGAUCUACUCAUUUAAAGAUCUCAAAGAAGAACUGUUCCCACCUUUCCCAAAGGCAAAAUUCUUUGGUAAUAAUAUUAAGGUGUUUUGAUAAUGGCAGGUUACAGUACACCUAAGGGGCUGUUUACAUGAAGCAGGAGAUCUUAGACACGGAUCAUCCUAGCGCCAUAUGUUUUCUGUAUUCAGUUUACAUGUACAUGUUACAGGUCAACUAUGAUUUCAGGUUAAUUUUGAUUUAACCUAGGUUGAUUCUCAAUUUCUUUUGUUUCCUAGCCCUAAUUAAUGAAUAAUUAGGGCUCGGAGUACUCUGGGUACCAGAGGUUUUUCUCGCGCCUGCAGCGGGAAUUUUCAGUGACACAUUUUCGGCCGUAGGCUGAGGCCACGAGUGGUAAAGCCGGAAACCGUGCGAGAAAAGUCUCUGGCACCCAGGGUAGGCUCGGAGACAAAGGAAAUUGAGAAUCAACCUAGGUUAAAAAAAUGUAACUUGUUGGAAUUUUAUCCUAGCGGGGCCUCAAUAAUGCAAAAGAAAUGCACUAAGAUCUCUUAACAAAAUAAUGUAAGUGCUGGUUGGCUUUCCAGUUCUCCCAUGUCUUAUACUGUAUUUUCAGGUCGUUUUGAAGAGGGAGUUAUUGAAGAGAGAAGAAAAGCUGCAUUGGAGCUUUUGAACUUUGCUGGAAAUAUACCAGAUCUUUUUACUAGUCAGCCGUUUGUGAAGUUCUUUGAGGUAACGAAGAGCAGUUUGCUUGAACAAAAUCUUGUUUGAUGAUGGGGCAGAUGAAUGUCAAAAUGUAGUAUUCUGUUCAUUUAGGCACUGUAGCAAGUUGACCCUAUGUUCAUUUUAUACAAAACUAACAGUUGAACUGCAAUGUAGGGACACCCACUUAAUAUGGACACCCAUUAUAAUGGACAGUUUUGUUUGUCCCAAUGAAAAGCUGAUAUUUUCUCUAAAAUUAGCCCUCUUAAUAUGGAUUGGUUCGUGGACACUUUUCUGUGUCCUGAGUCACAAACUCUACCUGGUUACCUGCACACUGUCAAUUUACCUUGUCACGUUGACAAUGAUGUACAUAUUGUUUACAAAAUUUAAUAAUAAUUCUCAGAUUUCUAUUGGUUAAUGUGAUUUUAUCAUGUAACAUAUAACAAUUGUGUGAUAAGUGUACAGAUUGUAAUCAUUUGUAUACAAAGUAAAAACUAAGAACCUGCAUUUUGCCAAGUUAGGCUAAACAGUUUCUUCCAUAAAUGGUAAUUAGCACAAAUUUAGGUGAUUUACAUGUAGGUUUUACAAUUUAUUCAGGAUUUAGGUUCUUAUUUCCUGAAGAAAAAAUGAAUUGUGACUAAAGAGUAUUUCGCGGUAUUCUGCUCAUUCAUUAGGAAAAAUCUAUAUCCCAUUACAAUUGCAGUUGGAGUAAUAAGGCACCUAUGUCUCCAAAAAGGAUCCUGAAUGUUGGCUCAUCUUAAUAGCCCAAGUGUACAGAAUUUUUUUUUGUAGAUUUUAGAAAAUAAAAACAUGUUUCAAAUUUUAGGUUAAACAUAUUAUUGUACAGAGGGUACCUCACUGGCAAUUAAUUUUAGCCUAACAGGUUCUUAAAAACCAGGGUCUUAGUCGUGGGUUAAAUUUUUACUGUAAUUCUUUGCUUUCCAGGGGGGAUUCCCUGAUAGCCCAAUUCACAGUGAUAGUAUUGCCAGCAGAGAGAGCAGCUUGUCAGAUGCAGAAGGUGAAAGCCCUCCACCAACAGCUGUCUCUGUCCAAGAUGAAACCCAUGACAGUAGUAUCAGGAUUGAGCGCCAAUCUCCAUCACUACCAUGUACUUCAGGGAAAGAAAAUGGUAAGAUUGAUCACUGCAUUUGGCAAAUAUUUAGUAUUAAAUACCAAAUAUUUGCCAAAUGAAGAAAACAACUACGACAUAGUAUAUUCUCCAUACAAACAAUAUUGAAAGAAAUUUGAGUUUAUUAAAAUUUAACAAUAUUGAAAGAAAUUUUAACUUAUUUACAUUUUAGCCUGCGAGCAAGCUCUUCGGGGCACUGUGGCAGUGGGGCGGGAAAAGGAAGGAGAGCUUGCAACUACGCCAAUGGUAUUUGAAUAUAUCUGCAUUGAAAAAGUCAAUGCGAAAUGCUGAUUGGCAGAGAUGACAUUGGCAAUGAUCUUUUACUUGUUUUUCAAUGUUAGUUUGCAUUCAUACUCAUUUCCACUUUGCGCUGAUUUGCGGAAAUCUGACAGCUCAGUCAACGGGGAACCACAAAGGAAUUGGAGGCGGAAUUCAAAUUUCAGAGAUGUAGUUGCAAGCUCCCCUGUCUUUUCCCGCCCCGCCGCCAGAGCACCCCAGUGAGCUUGCAGGCUAUUUAAGUUUAUUUCAAAAUUUUAAUUUCUUUAAAUUUAUUUUGAACAAAUUAAUUUCUUCCAGUAUUGUUUCUACGAAGACUAUACUAUUUUGAAUUGUUAAAAUUUUCUUGUGUGUCUUAGUUAUAUUUUCUUUAUAAUUUAUUUACUUAUAAAUGCAUGUUUUUUUUAAGGUGAUAAUCUGGAUGAAGCUUCAUUGGGAGGGGUUUGGCUCUAUAAACAACCUUCUCUGACAGAAGGUCUUGACAACCUCAGCUCAGAUGAAGAAAGUAAUGAGUGCCAAGAACCAAGUGAAUCAGCACUGUCAACAGCCGAAAAUGAAAUUAAACCAAACAACUUAACUGGAGAGCCAAAUGAAGAGUUUGUCGUGAAUACUGAAGGGGACCAGGAUGAUGUUUUUAUGGAUGAAGCAGUUGAAUGUUCAGAAAGUGACUUUUUGAUAACAGAGAGGGAGAAACGAGACAGCAAUACACAGCCUCCAAACUGGCUUGUGCGAGCGAUUUCAAUCUGUAGUGAAGGAGAGGAUCUAGAAGCCCUUGCUUCUGAAGCUGACUCAGAAGAGCUUUCUUUCCCACAAGCUUUUUCUGAUUAUAGUUCCUGCAGUGGUGAAGAAAGAACUAAAGAAAAUGAGUCGUUAGAGACGGUUCAUGAGAACCAAUUCCAUGAUAAGUCACAAUCUUACUUGUCUGCUGACUCUUACCAUGCUCUAAAUGUACAUGACAAUGAUGACACUGAAAAUUUACCUACAGAAUGUUCUGUGUCUUGUGAUCAUGGACAAGACAACCAUCGUGGAAUAGAAACAGGUCUUGACAAAGCAAGCCAUAUGAUAAAUCCUCCAGCAAAACCAGAGUCGUCUAAUUCAAGCUGUAGCACUGGUGCCCACUCCGAUAAAGACUCUCAUUCUCUGAAGGAUGCCUCUUUUGGCACUGCAGACAAACAGUCAUUCACCAGCUCAAGUGAUUCCGGAAAGGCAUCAACACAGCGGAGACCUAUCUACGACUUAGGGAACAUCUUCAUUGAUUGCAAAGAGAGCGAUUAUUUGUACAUGGCAGGGCACACAAUUCAUAAAGCACUUGAUUGUGAGGUUAGCGGCAGAUAUGAAGAAGCAUUCAGUUUGUACAAGACUUGUGUUAGCUUGCUUUUGAGUGGUGUACAAGGUAACCAUCAUAUUUCGUUUUACAAAAAUAAUUUAGCAGCACUAUUAUUAUUAUUAUUAUUAUUAUUAUUAUUAUUAUUAUUAUUAUUAUUAUUAUCAUCAUUAUUAUUAUUAGAGAAGUAAUCGGUGGCAUUCAGACGUCUUUGAUGUGGACACUCUGUUAUGGUAUACAUACCGUAUUACUGAUUCCUCAAAAUGUGGGCCUUUCACCCUGGAUUAUAGAAAACAUUGAUUUCGACUAAAUUAAGGUUAUUUUCUUGUGUAAUUAAGUUCAAUUACUCACAAAUGAAGUUGUCUUGUUUUUUUCUGGUCAAUUCUUCCUGUGUAUUCCUUGUAAAGCCUCUAUAUACGCUCUGUUUUGAUUCAGAAGUUGAUCAGCAUUUGUUAUGUCUUGGUACGCGAGCGUUCUCUUCCAAUCCUGAGGUGUGGGCACUGAGCGUGUGGUAUAUUCUCCUAAAGACUUCUGGGUGGGAAACAAAACUCCAGUAACCGUGUUGGGCUCAUAAGAGGUUACAGUGCCCACCUCCUUAUAAGGAAACAAAGGAUGCCUGCUACUGGGGGCCUUACAUAUCAUAUUCUGCAUAACACUAGUCACGUGCCAAAAGCACACCAUACUCAUGAGAGUCUGAUUCGAUUCCGGCAUAAGCAUCGGCAACGGCAGAGAAAAUUUAACCCAAAAAGUGGAUUUGCUCUGAUUCGUACUUUAUCGCCCUUAUUCCACCUCUUUUAAUUUGCUAAAUGUUGGUGAUUUUUCAGGAGUUGAAUUCUAAAGGAUCUAAGUUCACAAAAGGAAAAAGAAAAUCAUUGACUUGUGUCUACACCCUCCAUAAAACCUGAAAUUAGUGGAAGUUUCACGUAGUAGUAGUGCAGUGAUGGAAAAGAAAAUCUACAAAAAAGUGUGAUCAAUGCAUGUGCAACGCUGCUGUUUUGUUAAUCUAAGCCUAUUGCUUUUUUUCUUAGCUUGCUAUUUUGCGACUAUUAGAUAGUUCUACUCAUAGAUAGUUUUAAUAAUCACAGUGCAACCCAGAGUAAGAAUUUGUUACCUGGUCAUUCAAUUUGCAGGGGAAAAGGACGUCAAGAGAAGAGAAGCUGUAAGACGCAAAACAGCUCAGUACCUUUUGAAAGCUGAAGCUCUCUAUAACGCAUAUCUUACCACCAAUGAAUCACAGGAUGAGAAACCAGAGCAGGUACUGACCAAUUCAUCUUGUUAGAACUGUUCAGACUGAAACUGAAAUUAAUUUUGCAAUUGACUUUAAUAAUGUCAAACUUCCUAUAAAGAGGAAUGUAAUGAACUACAGGGUCUAAAAUUCAUGGUUGUCCAGUUGUCAGAUAUGACUGUAAUGUUUACAGUGAUGACCAAAUCACAGAACGUACAGUUGUAGUUGCCCAUUGGAUGACUGCAAUUGAAGCUGCCAAUAUCAUUAAGAUGUGAUCAGUUAUUAUUAUCUUUGGUUGAGAUUUCUGCUUUAGAAGUUGUACAGUGUAAUGUACUGUAUAACCAGUCUGUUUGGUGAAAGAUUCACAAAGAGACUGAAAAUUAAUUUGGAGAGGGCCGGGGGCCAUUUUAAUAAAACUUUUCCAAUUAGUGUAAAUUAAAAGUGAGGCUAUUGUUUUUAUACUCUAAAACAAUAGCUACAAUUGUAAAUUACACUUGUAAAAGUUUUAUUAAAUUGACCCCAGGAGCCUAUGCAGCCAUAGCUCAGAGCUUCAAAAUUUUUGGUCAUAGUGGAAAAUUGGUUUACUAUGGCUGUUACUGUUUGGCAACUCGAUUUCACCCUGGACAUAUGAAAUGAUGGUUGUCCAGUGUGUAUUAAACCUGGAACCAUUAUCGCUUUUCCAACUAGAAUCUCUGGUUUCCCCAUGUACAUGUACGGCAGCCACAUUUGGGAGGAGCGUCUGCUUCCAUCCCAAACAGGGAAGCAUAUGAUUACUUCAAGAAGCAGUGUGGGGGUUGGGGGGGAAGGGGGGGGGGGAAUAAUAUAUUAAGCAGGAUAAGUAGGGAAAGGAGCACAACUUCAAAAGGGAAGGGGGAGACACUUUUUUAAGGAACGGCUUUAUAUUGAGGGGAGCUUAUUUGGCAGUUUGAGCACGUUUUUAUUUAAUUUACAGUAUACUGAAAAUAUAAGUGUACUACAUGGGUUUGUGUUGAGUAGGGCAAGGGGCUCAUCUUUAAAAUGUACUUUAAUAGGAUAGGGGGAGGAAUCACUUUUCAAGGGGGGUAUAUAUUGAGGGGGGUUAUUAAGUGGGUGGGGCACAUGUUUAUUUAGUUUAAAGUAUACUGAAAUUAUUAGAAUCACUGAGCUUUAUUUGUUUGAUAUGUUGAUUUUUGACAGGAUUCUUCAUCAUCACAUCCUAGUAACAGUAUUUGUGACACUGAUGAUCAACAUAAGUUUAAGGAUCUCACUCUCACAGACUUAAAAGUUAUGGGAAUUGUUGGCAAGGUAUUUAAAUGUCUUUAGAGCGCUCAUAAUAUUCCCUACUCACUAAAAAUAGUUUUUUGCUGCUUGCAUUUAUAACUAAUAUUAAUUGUGGCAAUAAGUGAACUCACACAACAGGAUGGGAGAGGAAAGACAAUGGCAAACCUUGUGAGACAAGCAUGACAAUAAUUUUGUUUGAAUAAACCUUCACGCCAAACUUCACAUACCUUUAAACAGAUCUUUUGGUAGAAGAGCAAAAAACAUGUUAAGUGAAUUCCUGACAAAACACGUUUUUCUUGCAAGUAAUAGCCCUGUCACGUUUAUGACACCCACCAUUUUGCUGUCCUCUCCUUUCUGCCGUCCUGUUGCAUAAACUCACUAUUAUUGAUGGCAGGCAGUGUUAUUCAGUGGUCAGUAUGCCCGAGUUGAGGCUCUGUUUGUGGGGAGUGGGGUACAUGAUCAUGUCCCUGUUUAGAAUUUCAAAACUGGUCAUUUCAUUUAUUGAGGAGAUCAGGGUCAUGUCACCGAUGGUUUUUCUACUACUACUUUUGCACUUGUCACUAUCACAGUUUGAGUUCAUCUUUAUAAGUGUCGAUGUCGCUACAAGGCCAUGUUGUUGUUGGAAUUUUACCUUAUCUUGCAAUCCAAUUCCAUGGUUUAGUCCCUUUCUGACCUCUAGAUGGAUUUCAGGGGUGGAUCCAGGAUUUUUCGUAGGAAGGGAUGCACCGUUAAGGAAUGGCAUAACUGACUGGUGACAUAAAUAAAUUAUUUUAAUAGCGAAUACGAAGAAGAAGACUUUUGACUGGGCAAUAACAUGAUGUGAACUGCUGAGAAUACAUAUCAUACAUAUCUGCAUACUUUGCAGAAUACCAGUCGUAUUAGAAAACCACAGGUCAUUUUGGGGCGGGGGGGGGGGAGGGAUGUUCCCCCGCAUCCGCCACCUAGUUGGCGAAACUGAAAUGUCUGCAUUCAGUUACAGGGUUUGCACAGAUUUUUGAAUCCAAAAUUCAAGACUUUUUCCAGACUUUUUUUCCAAAACAAAAAUUUAUUUUUCCAGACUCAAGGUUAUCAAAUAGGGGAUCAAUAGAGACGUUUAAAAAAAGCAGGAGCAAAGCUUUUUCUUGAUGCGCUGCACCCCCUCAUCCUCCACCUAGAUCCACCCUGGGAUUUGUUUCUGACAGUAGUUCUGAGUUCAACUCCCUGGCUUCUGGCCUGUGGGGAGGAGGGGGGGGGACUGGAAACUGGGUGGUCCAUAACUCCUGCUUCCCGUACAUAACAUUCCCAUCUCCUGUCAAUUUUGUCUUGGCCUCCUCUGUUAGCUCUUUUUUAUUGCAAAAAAGUAAGCAUUGGUGCAAAAUUUAAACCUGCACAGUUACUAAUUGCACCUUCUAUUUGAAAAUUUUUUUUCUGGAUUGUGUUUGGAUCAUACCGCUUUUGUUUUUGAGACUCCAAUACAGGUCUCGCAAAACGUCCCGUCCAACAGUCCAGAAAGUAAAUUUUCUCGUUGGGUUCAAGCAAGUCAUCCUCAAACAAAAUCAGUUCCUAAGAUGAGCAUGAAGUGGCCCUGGGCAAGCAAAACUUGAGAGUGGCUUGUCCAAAUAGGACAAGCUCACAAUUUUUGCAGCCCUGAAAAGGAGAGGGAGAGGAUAACGAGUUAUUUAUUUUAAUAAAUUUCAAAAUGUUCAUUCAGCUAAGGAUGUGCUGUUUUCUCUUUGUUUCUUUAAUUUGUCAUUUAUGUAUUUAUGUAGGUCAUGCUGGUUGAAAAUACCCACAAUGGGGAGACAUAUGUUCUAAAGGUCUGUUAAACAUGCUAAUUUUUCCCUUAGUUAUAAUUAUUAGCCAACAUUGUAUUUCUCCACAAUACACGUGUGGUUUAGUAUUAAGCAAUCAAACGUUCAGGUCUUAUGAACGAUGGAAUCGAUUUCUCAAUGCAUGAGAUACCUCUUGAUUUUUUAAAAUCUCGUUAGUACUAUUGAGAUAAACAUCUUUCUUUGGCUGCAUUGAUCUUAGUGCAUCACGCUGUAUUCACCCUGCGGUCCUGUCUGAAUGACUCAGAAAGCCAGGAAAGGGGACUUGAUGGAGAUAACAAACAUUUUAUGUAAAAAAAAUAAAUAAAUAAAAAUAAAUUGGCAUGAGACAGGCCAACCCUGUUAAGCCAACCAUCUUGGCUAACCGGGCUGGCUAACCUCAUAUAAACAGGCCCUAUGUUAAAUAAAUUUUUAAAUGCCCUGAUUGGGUCUUUGUUAUGUCGAAGAUUGUUCACACGUGUUUUUACUUUGUAUAACCAAAACGUAAAUUUAUAGACUUACCUUAAUACAAACUUUAAAAUAAUUUUUUACUAACGUCACUUUGUCCGUGCUGUUAUAUUCUCCUUGUUAUGUCUGCAUGUUCACGCCACAAACAUAACCACAUAGCUACAUGUACCUUCUUAUUUAAUAAACUAUACUUUGUCAUUAUCUCAUGAUGUCCAAUUGUGAACCAGGCUUUUUAGCAUAAGAUAUGCUUGCUUUUGACCAAAUUUUCUGAUCUGAAGCCCCAUCACUUUUUAAAAAUUGUUAGGCUACAUAUAAAAAAAUAUUUCAAAUGAUUUUAGGCUCUUUGCAAGUCAGGAGCAGUACGGCCACAUGGCCACUCACAUGGAAAUGAGCGCCGGCGCAAGAAAUCUGUGAGACGUCUCUAUGUAAGUAAACCAAAAGUGCCCACUUUCACACUAGCUAAAGUGCAUAAUUUUAGGAGGUGCUCUAAAAAAAACUUGUUACCCCCCUCCCCCCUUACCUUCUGUUAUAAAAAAAAAUUCUCCAACACAGUCUUCAUUCAGGUAUUAUUAAGUAACAUGAAAUUAGGGUUUGUUUAUUCAAAUCAUGCACACCUCAAUACCAACCACUGUUGCACAGUUAUCAACAAAUAAUAGUUCCUGGGUUCUUCCCAUAGUGGACAUGUAGAUGUCGUCAUUUGAUUGAUACAUUAUCGCAUGGGAAGCUUUACUUCUGGAAGCAGUUUGUUAUCUUACUGCAUUAAACACUGCAUUUCAAAGCGCAUAUCUUUGUUAUGCGUAGUCACUAAAACAAGGAGUGACCUACAAUGAUCUACAAAGACCCGCAAUGAUCUACACUGACCUACAAUAAGCUACCAUGGCCGAACGUUGGGACCAUAAAAUAAUGGUGAAGGUCCCUGCUGUGAUCUAAAAUGAGGAUAGGAAUAAGACAGAAAAAGAUCCCGGGGGGACAAGUUUGAUUACAUGUAAUGAUGAUGUUAAUAAUAAUGAUAAUAAUAAUGUCGCCAAAAAAACCUUUGGAUGAUUUUCCUGUGUUAUAACAUUAUCCGAAAAUUUGCUUGACAAUAGUCAAGUUUAGAUUUGGGUCAUUCUCAACCUUGUAAAGAGUAUUGACUUUAGCUCAGCAACAUGGUUUUGAUUGAUUCAAGCAACAGAUUUGCCCAUGCAAGCGCAGGAAAGAAUUUGCACUGCAAAGAUAAUGCAUAAGUAACGAGCUAUGUUCCUUCUUCCUACAUGAAGUCAUCCAGAUAGGUAAAAUUCCUUUUCUUGAGUGAUUCGACAAAACAAGGUAAUACUACGUAAAAACGCGAUUGCAAUAAUUUAUUUUGAAAAUCCUGCCACUUCUCAAGUUACCUGAGAUCAGGUUCUAUGUUUGUUUUUGCCUUAUUAGAAAUGUGCCUGCAUGGCAAGUUUCCUCUGAAAAUGUGAGCCAAGUGUCGCGUCCAAGCGUGAUAUUUGUGUCUCGUUUAGGGAAACCAUCCAGCGCCACACGACACACAUCGUUGUAUGUCAUUUUUGUAGCUGUUUGUGGAGAAUUGUUUUUGUAGCUUAUUGUAGGUCAUUCCCUGUUUUUUAGUAACUACGCCUUUUAUGACAUUUACAGCCAAGUUGUUUUAUGCAACUCAUCUGUAAUAUUCUCCUUUCAUCUUUGUUUGUUUGUUUUUUUUUUUUCAUUUUAGGGCAAGUAUCCAAACAUAGUUCAACUCUUUCGGUAUUUUGAGACAGGCAGCUCUAUUUACCUUUUAUUGGAAUAUGCACGGGGCGGUAGGCUCUGGGAUCAUAUUGCCUGUUACCGUAGUAACCAAGAGUCACAUGCCACUGGAAAUGCCCGUGAACAAAACAGACUGGGUUUGAAAAAGACUACUCAUGAUCAGUGUGACAAAAAUGAUGAAAAUGAUGCAGUUAAUGUGAAAAGAACUUCUUACCAAGAAGCAGGAAAAGAUUUGGCAGAAGACAGAGUUCCAGAAAAUAUAACUAACAAUAACGCUAAAAAUUUAUGUAGUGGACAAGCUAGCGAGGACUCCACAAAAACUUCAAAUGUCUCCCUAGUACAACCAGAGCUUAGUACAAAGACUAAUGGUGUCACCAGCCCUUAUAAUGGCAAUAAUAGUGAACUGUCUGUUACAAAAGAAGGGAGUAAAGGAGAUAAGGACUUGGUGAGGACGUGCACUGAAAAAGCAGAAGCUGACGCUUCUCGCGACAACAAGCACCUUCUGUUCUUGAAACUGGAUGAGUAUUUUGCUUCAUCGUCGCAACGUUUACCAGAUGAGAAUGUUAAAAUUUGGGCGGCGGAAAUUGUGUUGGCUGUUGCUUACUUGCAUACGUCUGGAAUAAUUUGCAGGUAACAAAAGUUUUUUAAAAGUUUAGGUACUUCUUACUUACUUUCGGUCGACGCCUAGAAGGCAACAGGAAGAAAACUGACCCCAUAUGCAUAAGGCCCGAUCUCUCAUACAGCUUUCUGGAUCUCUAACGUUCUCCACACCAGUGUCCCUCAUCAGUGUGUUUCUGUGGGCAGUUGUCAGACUUCCUCUCUUAGCCCUUCCAUGUCUAAGCACCCAUGUUAUCAGCUGUUGCACUGGAGAGCUUUCACCACGAAAACAUGUCCAGAAAGAGUAAUUCUUCUUUUUUGAAUGGUAGUGCUCACCUCUUCUAAACUGCCAAAGUUUAAGUUUAUGUUUUAUCCCAGCUGUUAAUAUCCAAGGUCGUUGAUUUGAUUUUUGUUGGGGACUCAGUUUCUUUUUGCCAAGAAAGCUCUUCAACUAGAGAUUUUACUCUGACAACUAAAAUGCUCUUUAUGAUAACUUGCAUUUUGCAUUUCUCACAGAGACUUGCACCCUAAAAAUGUUCUCCUUGACGAGGAAGGUCAUGUUCUUCUUACAUAUUUUGGUUCAUGGGAAGAGACAGAGCAUGUUCCUGACGAAGAAGCUGUGAACCAUUUCUACUGUGCUCCGGGUUAGUAACAUAAAAUGUUAACCCUUUAAGCCCCAGUAUUAACAUACAAAUUCUCCAAACUGAUCUCUCUCUCUUGAGAGAACUUGAUAAAAGAUCAAAGCAUUUUCUCCUAGGUGAUCAUUUUAUUAAUUCUCAUAACCUAAUCUCUUGACAUUGUAUGGAUAUCGUUGGGAGAAAAUUGAUGUUGGUCACUAUUAGGCCUUAAAGGGUUAAUGUAAAGCGGGAGUCUUAACCCUUGAAGUCCCAAGAGUGACCAACAUCAAUUUUCUCCCAACCAUAGAGAGCUCAUUUUUGAUUUGAGGACGAGGAAGACUACGAGUACGAGAUUUAACUUAAAAGUUUUUUCGCGUAUUGUCGAAAAAUGUUCAACCUGGAGAGCUUCAUUAUACUAUUUUUCACCUGAAAAAUUAGUGCGGUUAUUUUUAUUGGAGGAGCUUUAGCUCUUUCCCGGUUGCAAACGAUUAAACUUCUAAAAUUUGAUAUUUUGUUUCCGCCACUACGACAUUCUCGCUAAAACUCGUAGUAGAAGUUUGAUCAUAGUUUGCGACCGGGUAAGGGCGAAACCUUAUUCAAUGAAAAUAGUCCCACUAAUUUUUUCAGGCGAAAAAUAGUACAAGGAAGCUUUCCCGGUUGAACAUUUUUCGACAAAACGCGAAAAAACUUUAAGUUAAAUCUCUUACUCGUAGUCGUCGUCGUCCUCAGAUUUAAAGCUCUCAAAUGUAUGUUACUUUAAAUGCCUGAUCAAACAGUCAUACAAUUCUCACAAAACUUGUGGGAUGUGAAGACCAUGGUAAUUCAAACAAUUAACUCUUCAACCCCCAAUUAUAAAAUACAAUUUCUCCUUUCUUGUCGCUUACUUUUCUUAUAGGAAUAGUGGGAAGAAUUUGGUAAAAUAUCAUGAGCAUUAACCCUGGGUUGUCAGAUCCUUAUUUCUCAGUGCGUACCUCUCUGAUUGAUUAUGCUUUGAAGUUUUGAGGGGAAAUUUAGUAAUAGUUAUAAUUGGGGCUUCAUAAGGUAUAAAUUAUGUUCAUCAUCACAUAAGAAAACAGCUUUGUAAUUCUGAAAACAAAAGAGAUAUGGCCUGCCUUGAAGAUGUAAGUUAACCCCGGCUAGUGACAUCUGACAAGCAGCAGGCAGCGCCGAGAUACUUGUUCUGGCCCACAGUGGGCUCAACAAAUUACUUGUUUAAAUUAAUGUACUUCUCUAAUGUGUAAUGCUUUCUUUGUUACGGUUAAAUUCGUCAGAGAUUUGGCAGAUUGAUGAGAUUACUGUUGCAGCUGACUGGUGGAGUGUUGGAGCUCUCCUCUAUGAACUGAUUACAGGGCAGGUUAGAGUCAUGUAUUUAUUGCUGCGCAGCUACCGAAGGGAGCGAGCAGCAACAUAAUCAGGAUUUAAAGGAAAUAUAUAAGGGGCGACGAAUUGUCGAAUUCAUCACUUUUUACCACAAUGCAUUGCAUUUAACCACAUUUUUUACCACAAUGCAUUGCAUUUAACCAGAGUGCAUUGCGCCACGAACAACUCAAAUAAAAACACGGGAAAGUUCGGUGGGUGAGAGAGUGCAUCGUUCGCUGCUCAGACUUAGAGUUUUCUUUGUGGCAAAUUUUCUACAGCACGGUUAGAAGUCUUACCAAAUUUUAAGACACGCAGGAGUCUUUCAGAUGAGUACGAUGGUUAACUUGGGGAUUGGAUUUCAAUUCAAGAGCCUUUGACUCGUCCAGGUGUUAAACCUGACGAGAAGAUGAGCAUUUGCUCUUCGACUCCGCAACACGGGGGAUAUACAAAUUCCAGUUUGCUAGAAGGUGAUGUGAAAGUGAGAAAAUGUCAUGCAAUGCUAUUCUUAAGAAACUGUAUGAGCCGAAAAUGGAUGUGAUUUUGACCAUUCGCUUCAAAAUAACAGCGGAAAUCGAGAUAACAAAACAUAUGUUUUGUGUCCUACUUUGCAUACGAGGACGUGUAUCGGCGUUUUGAAAAGCAUAAUUAUGUUCUUUCAUUCAUUCAUUGCCAUGGAAUAUGCGUUUACAUUGUUUUUUCACUGUUAAUAGCUCGGUUAAUGCGGCUGGCGAUCAUCUUGCCGGCGGAAGUUUCAUGGAAAAGGAAUAAAAUGAAAGACUUUUCCUAACGAUUUCGUAAUCAGCCUCUGUGGUGAAGUGGUUAGGUGUAGUCGCGUCGAGUCGAAGGUGCCGGUUCGAGUCCUACCGAAUUAUUGAUUGCUUUUUUUUUCUUUCUGUUUUUUGUGUUGUUUUCUAUAAAUAUAUAGCUAAAUAACUGUUACUUAAUAAAGUGCAACAAACAGCAAGAAAAGUAUUGUGUUUCCAGAGAAAAUAUCGUGCACCGCAUAUUAAAUAUAUGGAUAAACAAUCUGAUUUUCUAUUAUUUCCUACAAUUUACUGUGCGAAAACCAGAGUUGAUAACCACUUGAUCAUUUUCUAAACAACGUUCCCACGAGUUCUUUCUAUAGACUGAUAGUAAUUAUUCUAGUACUUUCCAACAUGUAAAUAGGACAUUCAAUGUCAUUUUUGAUUCUUUUAAGUCUCACUGCCUAACUAAUGCCAGUAUCAACAGAAUGUGCCACAGCAUUACUAUCUUUUAGAUACCCUAGUUUAGCUACUGUUUGCCAAAAUACUUGAAAAUUUAGAGUCUUCGAAGAGUGCAAUGGACAAAAGUUCUUGGGACAGUAAUGCAAUUUUCAAAGUUUUCUUUCAUACAGGGUUUUCUCAUAAAACAGUGCAUCCUUUUCGAGAUUUUCUUGCAGUUCUCCCUCCCCCACCCUAUACAAAGUUGAAACUCGGAAAAAAUUCUGGAUACACGCGUCCACUUUUGUCUGUGGGGUGAGGGGAGGGGUUGGGCCUCUAUGCAUUGGAAAACGCCCAGAAAUGCAAAAGUGUCCCAAUACUUAAAUCCAUGACUGAAUGCUUAAACGUUAUAAUUUAGAGGACGUUGUUGACGUAAGUGUAGCUUCAAGUAUACAUAGAUAAAGAAUGACCACCGUAGUAAUGUACACAAUUUAAAUGAGCCGUAUCACCAUCUUUUCUCAUUGGUUUAAAACUCAUUAAAAAUACUGUUGAAGUUUUCCUUGCGACCUCUUUCGUAAGCGACCAGCUCUAGUUACGACCACCUUAGAGAAACCCUGUUUGAGCUGUGGCUUAUAUUUUGUUAUGAAAAGCUCCCGUAAGCGACGGCAACCACUUUUGGGAUUAUCCAGCUGUACUUUUCCUUUGUUUUUAAGCUCUCAUAAACGACCACUCAGACCCGAUAAUACAGGAAAUGAGACGGCUUAAAAAUCUCCUGAUGCAGAUCAACUUAGUCUUGUACUAAUAUUUUGAUUAGGGGUUAUUUCGGUCUAAAAAAUUGGACGAAAAGUUUAUCCGUGUCUUUGUCAGAUAUAAAGACAAUCAUUAAACAUUUUUAUUCCUUUUGUUUUUUCUUUAUCAAUUGUUAAUGAGUUUCUGAAGCUCUCGUAAGCGACCACCCCCUAUUGUGUUACCAUGCGGUCGCUUACGAGAGCUCAUUCUCGUAAACGACCAGCUCUAGUUACGACCACUUCAGUUUCCGAGGUGGUCGCUUACGAGAGCUUCGACUGUAAUUAGAAACAAAGAAAACCUCCAGAUAAAUGGUACAUAAAUUGUAGGUACGUGUGUUUGAUUUUUGACAAGCAAAAACGUGCGAACGGAAUACAACAUCAAAAAUAGACCAAAACCUUUUCAGAUUCAAUUGUUGCAUGCUUUUCUCCCUUUGAAAUAGUUAUGCCUUGAUAUGUUGCUUUUAGAGUUCCUAGUAUGUUUGAAUGUGGCUGAGAAUACUUAAAGUUUCUUCAUUUGCAUGUUAGUUACUGAAGGGUAUAUUGUCUUUAUAGUUAAUUAUUUUUAGUUAUUUCAUCACCCAAUUGUUGAAUUUUGCUUCUUUUAUUUUAUGCCUUUUCUCUUGACAUUUUUUGGUCAAUGUCGUUUAAAAUCCAGGCCCUCUCAAGUGCACAUCCCUGGGGAAUACAAACUCACACCGAAAUUCAGCUACCAAUUAAGAUUUCACCAGAAGCUAAAUCGCUUCUAAGAGAGGUACGUAGUUUACUGUUAAAACAUUUCACUUGCUUCGUACAGUGGAACCUCGAUAUAACGAACCUCUAUACAACGAAGUCCUCGGUAUAACGAACUGUUUUCUUUACCCCAGUAUAAUAGUAAAAUAAAUGGAAAAGAACUUCGAUAUAACAAAACCACGGUAUAGUGAACAAAUUUUGCCAGUCCCUUGGCCCUUUGUUACAUCGAGGUUCCACAGUGUUGGAGAAUGCAGUAGGGAUCAAUAUUAUUGGGACACUUUUGUAUUGUUGGGUGGUGAUAUUCUGUGUACAGGGCCCCAAAAAGGACACUGUGGCAGCGUCCACACUUGGUGCCCGUGCACGUUGAUGGAGUAUGGUACUCGCUGGGCACUGGUGUGAACACACGUGGGUAUUUUUUUAAGUACCCACGCCCGAAUUAGAGGACGGCGCCAGUGCCCGAGUACUUAACUAGUAGAGUUGAUAUAUUAUAAAAUUGUAUAUAUAGUUUUUUCUUGUUUAUUGCAUAGGUGUAUUUUCGAAGUAUAUUGAAUAUCGUGUAUCUUUUAAGUAGUUUUAGAAUAGUUAAAUCUUAUUAGCUUAUAGUAUUAUGUAUAUAUAUUUCUUUUUAAUAAGUAAUUUAAGUAGUGUCCCCGAUUAGUAGGCCUGACGGCAAGCUAGAAGAUUAGACACUUAAAUAAAGUUGAUUGAUUGAUUGAUUGAUUGAUUGUACAAGGUCGAGACCUUGUUUUCGAGCUCUUAAUAGGUAGGCACCGAAUCCCACUGGCAGCCGAAGCCACUGGUAGUGUCUAUACCAGCUUUUUUUUUCUUUUUUUUUUUUUUAGUUUCGGGGUAAUCAACUGCUUUGCACUCCCUGCAAAGUUUGUUAAGUUUCGAAAUGGCGUCUGUCAGGGCGAAAUAAAGUAUCUGUGAACACAGUUACAUUAGGUGUGUAAACAACGCCAUUUUGUGCCAGCACUCAGGCAUUAGUUCUGGACAGCUCCUGAGACGUAAAAGAAUGUUUGGCUUCGAAAGUGGGAUUUGCCCAUCCUCCGCUAGACAGCGAGCAAUCAGUUCGAAAACGUUUAAGUGAUUCUUUGCUUUCUCUUCAUUCAGCUUCUACGAGUAACACCCUCUGAAAGAUUAGGUAAGUUGUCUCUGUUUUUCAAAUAACACGCCCCAAAAUGAUAUUAACACGGCAACACUAGACUACAGAUUGAGUGCGUGAAAGUCUGGGAUGAAAGAGUCGACAACCCAUGCCACGUGACCACGUUACGACGACGGCAGCAAAAACUUCGCCCAAAAAGUGAAUUUGCGCUGUCUUUAUCUCCAUCGCUCCUAUUCCAACUCCAUUAAUCUGUCUGUCUGUUUUAAGGAGUUGUAGACUGCGAGCAGUCCGUCAGGAUGGUCACGCGAGCGAGGAAAUCGAGCGUAGCGAGCGAAAGCCGAGGGGAAGCUGGGGAGGAGGCGGGAAAGGAAGGAGGGACUGCCUCUAACUGCCCCUCGUCUUCCCGUCUCUCUCCAGUUUCCCUCUCGGCCAAUUCGCUCUCUCCAGUUCUGCCGAGCUUAGACUAGACUGACUGAAGAGGGACUGCUGGCAGUCUAAAGCAGUUGAAAUCCAAUGACUCUAUUUACAUGUAAGUUCACCAAAAAAGAAGAAGAAAAUCUCUCUUGUAUUUACGUCCUCCAAAGCGUGAAAUCAGGAAGUUUCACGUCGUAGUCGUGCAACGAUGGCAACAAAAUGGACCAAAAAGUCUGAUGCACGUGCAAAAUUGUUGUUUUGCUGCUUUAAACCUAAGGCCCUUUUGCAAUUCUCGUUGCUUUUGCCGUCGUCGUGAGGUAACAUGGGGCGGGUUAGCCCACCUAACAUGUAAACGUGAUCACAUUAAAAUGAGAGAUUAUAUGGACAGGCGGGAUACCCCACAUAAGCGGGUUACCUCAACUAUCUGGGUUACCCCACCUUCACGUAAACAGGCCCUUAAGCUCCCUAUUAAAUUUCAGCGAUAUCAGACUAACAAAAAAAAGCCUAGGGAGGCCUUUCAGUCUGUUUCUGCCACAUUUAGCUGUUGUUAGUGGCGUAUUGCGGUAACCCUUUUGUAUUUUUUUUUUAUCAAAAGGCUCUGGUGUUAAUGGUGUGGAGGAAAUCAAGUCGCAUCCUUUCUUCAAUGGAGUAAACUGGACAUGGCUCUGUUCAAGAAUAAGUUAACCAUUCAAAGAUUCAAAUCGCUUGUAAUUAUGCUGAAUACCAAUUGACCCAGACAAAGAAAGACUCUUGAGACAUAAGAGUUUCGUUUAUUGUUAAAAAUAUUGUUGUACUUGUCUAUUAAUUAAAUUGGCGUUGUAAUGGUGCGCUUGUAGGGGCAAAUCAUCGUCAGUUUGCUUUUUGAUGAAUUAACCGCAAAAUUAAUAAGCAGAAUUUUAGGAGAGAAUAUAAAAUUUAUGUUCACUUCGAGGGUAAUGACAGAAAUUUUUCUUUCAGAAUUUUUUUUUUUUAUCGAAGAAUUUCUAUUUUUUCCACUUCGCUGUCCCUCUCGCACACUAAAGAGAGCUUGAAGCGAAAGCUUUUAGGCAACAAUUUUUCAGCAGAAAAUUAU